CUCUGUGGAGUUUCAGCAGGACUUUACUUAACGCGAUGACGUCGAGCUCCUCACUCACGUCACACGUGACUGCACGUAGCGCUGAAGUGCGCGAGGCUCCGCGAGUGCAGAGACACAGAGACACAGAGCGACACAGGGACAGAGACAGACAGAGGAGCUGAGGUCUGUGCUGCAGAAUGAGUGCGUUGGCGUUGCUCCUCCUCCUCCUGGUGGCGGACGCUCAGCUACUAUCGGAGAUGUACGGCAGCCUGCAGUCUCCAAACUUCCCGGAGCCGUAUCCGCGGGAGGCGGAGCAUCGCUGGAACAUCAGCAUCCCCACCGGCUUCCUGGUGAAACUGUACUUCAGCCACUUCGACCUGGAGCCGUCGUACCUGUGUGAGUACGACUACGUGAAGGUGGAGGCGGAGGGGGAGGUGCUGGCGUUGUUCUGUGGGCGGGAGGAGACGGACACGGAGGCGGUGCCGGCUCAGCAGGUCAUCACGUCGCCCAGGAACUCCCUCAGCGUCGUCUUCCGCUCCGACUUCUCCAACGAGGAGCGAUACUCUGGAUUCAUGGCUCACUACAGUGCUGUGGACAUGGACGAGUGCAGCGAGCGCAGUGAUGAAGACCUCCUCUGUGAUCACUUCUGCCAUAACUACAUCGGAGGAUACUACUGCUCCUGUCGCUAUGGUUACCUGCUUCACUCUGACAACCGCACCUGCAGAGUGGACUGCAGUGACGGUGUGUUCAGGGAACGCUCCGGCAUUCUGAGCAGCGUAGAUUUCCCAUCUCCGUACCCGAAGAGCUCGGAGUGUUUGUACCGCAUUGAGGUGGAGCCAGGCUUCAGGCUCCGCCUCCAGUUCGACCCUGUCUUUGACGUGGAGGACCACCCCGAUGUCAGCUGCCCCUACGACCAUGUCAAGAUUACAGCCGGUGGCCAUCACUUCGGUCCGUUUUGCGGAGAUCGUUCUCCAGGUGAGAUCCAGACCGAAAGCAACACCGUCACGGUUAUCUUCCACAGCGACAACUCCGGAGAGAACCUGGGCUGGAGGAUCACAUACACGUCUAUAGGAAGUAUGUGUCCUGCACCUGAAGUCCCGCCCAACGCUGUGCUGACCCCCGUCCAAUCAGAAUAUUCCUUCAGAGACCACAUCCUGUUCACUUGUUCACCUGGAUACACACUGCUGAAGGACGGAGAGACUCUGGAUCAUUAUCAGAUGGACUGUCAGUCAGACGGCUCGUGGAGCAGCAGCAGCCCGCCUCUCUGUCAGAAAACAGACUCUGGGAGGAGGAGGCGGUCUCUGUCCAGCAUCUUAACCAAUCACAGCCAACCUUAGUCAACGACUGAUUCUUAUUGGCUGAUAGAGAAACUGUAGGAAGAGUUGAGUUGCCAGAAACUGAUUUUCUAAUAAAAGAAAUGAAAAGAGAAUCUGCAGUCGUGUGUUUCUGUGAAACAUAAAAACUAAUCUGCUUUGUCAUCAGUGACAUCACAGUGACAUCACAGCAACAACCUCAAACAACACGAGAAGGUCAAAUUUAGGAUCAGUGACAGUUAAUGUUUCCUGUGAUGUAACAGAGAUGGCGGACCCCGCCACCACCACCAACGACAACAAUCAUUGAUGUCAUGAUAAUAAUGUGAACACACGAACACGUGGAGGAAGACUUUAAUCAGAAUCACAAUACUAAUGUUAAACUUCCUGUCUCGUGUUCAAUCAGGCCGGGACACAUACGGUGUUCUUUACCACCUGGAUGACAUGAGGUCGGGCGGUGGGUGCCAACUCUCAGGGAGUGGAGGGUAGUUUCACCUGACAAUACAAAGCGAUCAUAACUUACCAGAGAUGCAGAGUCUGGAGCCAAUCAUCCUCCAGGCAUUGGUUACAAAGUGUAUGUUAAAAUAUAUUGACAGGUGAGUACCAGCUGUGAUUGGUUGGUCCUCGUCACAUGACAUGCAGCACACCCUGCUGUGUUCCAAAAGUUGAACUUUGUUUAUCUCAGACUUCCGCUGUUGCGCCCUGAAAAACCAGUGCUUGUGACACUUGUCACUCCGCAACAACGUCACUCUGGCUUUUGCAUGUGCCUUCCACGCAGUCAUCACUGGAAACACCUGAUCUGAGGGAAUAAAACAUACAUGACAUGUUCAUCUCUGUUCAUUUCAUCAAACAUCAUCACGUCAUCUGAUCAUCUCUCUGAUUGGUCACAUGAGUCCUCUUGCUUGGUCAAAGGUGGAGGUGCACUUCAUUGGGUGUUGACGCUGUAGCUGAUACCUGUUUAAGUCGUGUCUGCUGCUGCCUGGAGAAGUCGGUUGUGGCAUCAACAGUAUGGCUCCCUACCUGAAACCUUUGGACAGUAGCUGAGGAUAAGGAUGAGGAUGUGCUCCAAGGAGGAUGUUGUGGUAGAGUUGGCAGGAAGGUGAGUCCUCCAGGCCCCAGCUGAACAGGUCUGUAGGACUUUGGUGGACAUUAAACACCAACUGGACCAAGAACUUGAAUCGUUGUGGUUCUGCCUUCCAGAGUCUUUCGCAGGUGAUGUUUCGGCCAGUUGUUGGCUUCCACCUGGUCCAGGUCCUCUGCUUACACAUUCCCAACAUCCUGCUGCAGCAAACUUCUUCCACCUCUGAGCGUACCUUCUCCUGGAUAAGUGCUACUGUUGCAAAGUCUUGAAUUGUCCUGAACCUGACCUGACUGGUUGCCAUAGCACCCAUUAGGAUGCUGUGCCACAAUCUUGCAUCCACCUGCUCAUUUACCUCCUACUUGCACCACUUCCUUCCUGUCCUGACCUGGAAGCCUACUGAGGAGAUUUUGGGCUCAGUGGAGUCUUCGUAGAUCAGGACCUCUCUGGCUCAGCUGACCUUGAACUCCCCCGUCAGACUGCUGAAAGGAAGCUGCAGCUUCGUGCUUUGCCCAUAUGCCCAGCCAGCUGGCCAGGAACCAGCUGACCUUCCUUUCAAAGCCCUCCAUGAUGGUGAUUCAGACUUCACAGAUA